AUGCAAACCUUCCUGUGUGCCAACUGUGAUCCAGGUUUGGGUUUGAUGGUAAGGCAGCCAUGUACACCUUCAUCAGACACUGUCUGUGAGACAUUGGAGGGGUUCUACUGUCUAGACCCAACUAAGGAUGGUUGUAGAGCAGCCCAGAGACACAGCAGCUGUGAACCUGGUCAAUACAUCAGUCACACAGGAACAACAUCUACAGAUACUGUGUGUGCUGUCUGCCCUGGUAAAACUUAUUCAGAUGGAUCAUUAACAUCUUGUCAACCACAUACAGAAUGUGAAUUCUUGGAAAUUGAACCAGGAACUCCUUGGUCGGAUUCAGAAUGUGGAGUAUCCUCACUUCCCACAGCUGGAAUCAUAGCUGGUGUUCUGAUAGGUGUUCUAUUUUUUCUGACCAUAGCUGGUGUUUGUUUAUUUAUGAGAAGAAGAAAAAUGGUGAGAACAAGACACAACUUAGGCCCUCAAAUACCUACACAGGCAUCCCCAGAUCUGGAAAUACCAAUGCUGUCUGGGGGAAACGAUUCAAGCCCCCAUCACAGCCAGUGACUCUGCAUUCUGUAAUCUGUGUUCCACUGGCUGGCUGGUCCAGCCAUCUAUAGUGUAUCUUAACACUACAUGUUAAAUGUGGUAUUGUAGAAUCUGGUUGAUAUAAAAAACAGGAUUCUACAGCACAUUCAAUUGUAGUGUAAAGAAAUUAAACACAACCUCCAGUAAUUAGAAUGACUUCUAGAUACUUGUUGGGAGAGGAACACUGUGUCUUUGUAUCACAUGGGGAUCACAUUGUAUCACAUGGGGAUGUUCAGUUCAUCAGCCUGAACUGUCCCCACUUGGGUCACCGAAUAGCUAGCUUUUCAUGUGGGCACCACUGGUAAGAUGCUUCGGAAGGGUGGUCACAUAUCAGCUUCUGCCUACAGCCUGUUCUAAAAUGGAAAGGAGCAUGUAAUGAGUAUAAAUUAGCUUCACCUUGCUAGGUAACAGCUUCAGUAGCUGAGAACCCUCUGCUCUUCCCAGGGGAAAGUCAAAUGUGUUUAUAACUUCAGGACCACAACAUCUAUGUCAGCCCAGACUAUGGAACUCCAAAUGGGACUUGAAAAUAUCUUGAGACACAGAUUACUGGAUACUGGUGCAGGAUGCAGCUUUCGUUUGGAGAAGGUUCCCCAGGAAUUAAAGAACAUUUUCAAACAUGGUUAUAUGGAUAACUUUACACUACAAGAAAAUCAAGAUCUAUCUCCAUCUCUAAUUAAAAUUCAUGAUAAUUAUUGUAGAAGAGUGCAGGUCCACUCAGUCACCUGUGGUGUUCCCCACCCUGUUCAUCCUCUGCCUACUUCCACUCUGCCAUGUAGUCAGGUGACUUGGGGUCCUCUUCCACAGUUUUGCAGUUGACAUGCAUGUCUACUUCAAAAUGGCCCUAAAUCUCUCAAAGUACAUGCUUGGUUAAAGCUCAACAUUCAAAAACAUGUAACAAGCUGUCCCUCAGGGGGCAGUCUGGGGGUGUUUGGCUCCAGGAGAAGAGAACACCGCCUGGAUGAUCUUCAAUCUCAGCCUCUUAUGCUGGAAGACAUGACAUAAACUCUAUGAAUCCUUCAUUAAGUAUGCCUUACUAUUAAUGCCUUGCAUGAUUGCUAUAGAAAUGUUUGUGGUCACACGCACAUCCUUUAAAACUUACAGUACCAGUCAAAAGUUGACACCUACUCAUUCAUGGGUUUUUCUUUAUUUUUACUAUUUUCUACAUUGUAGAAUAA